AUGCCUCCUAAGAGACGAUCAGACGCGAGCGACGUCUCGGACUCCUCGAAGAAGACCAAGACGACCCCGGAGGCGUCUUCCUCUUCAGAGAGUGAGCCUCCGCGUUGGGCCGCCAAGAGCCGCUUCAACAAAGUCUCCAACACGCGCAAUUCAGACCGCGACUACAAGGACAAGAUGGCGGAUGCCAAGAAGGCUUUCGAAUUCAUCUGCAGAUGUCCCUGGGGCACUAAGCGUAACCUUGGCGGUGAGGAGGAGGAAGAAGAUGAGUGGGAAGACGAAGACGAGGAUGACGAGGAUGAAGAUGAGGAAGAAAGCGACGGACCCAAGCCCAAGUGCGACCUCGGCAAGACUUGUCUCUGCGAGAAGCCCGCUGCGGACCACCCUGAUGCUCCCUAUGUCAUCAUGCGUGCCGGCUACUACAAGCUCAUAAACCAGCAGCCCAACGUCCAGGUCCGCGACCCGGACUUCUUCGGCAUGCACACCUACAACGACCACCGUGCCUACGGCAUUAUCGAGAUCAUUCAGAACCUGGUCCUGGAUUUUGAUGAGGUCAGCGCGAACUGGAAGGAGCAGUGGGUCAUCUGCGAGGCUCUGUCUCCCUUCAUCUGGUAUCUCUCUGGGGACGACUUCGCGAUGCGUGAUGACGGCGACUUCGCCAGCCUGACAGCCAAGCUCGUCGGCACUCUCUUCCUGUCCAUGCUCGCCCGUCUCGAGCGCAUGGGUCUUUUGAAGCCAGACUCUGAGGUCCGCGACCUUGGCAUGGUCAUGGCCGGCUUCAUCAAGUACGAUGACAAGACCCGCAAGUCCAAGGCGCGCCCCUUCGUCUAUGUGCCCUCCCACUUCGACAGCUACGUCGCCGCCUAUGCCGCAAAGUACAACAUCAUGUUUGGCGGCGUCAAGGAACUCAAGAGCCUUCUCGACGAUGUCGACGAAGACGUUGACGUGCCCGCGGAGAAGGACGGCGAGGACCCCUGGGGCUUCAAGGCUGCCUUGAAGGAGUACAAGGCCGAGCGUGGCGGCAAGAUUGGCGGCGACUCUCUCGACAAUACCGGCUGGUCGUCGGCGGAGCGCAAACAGCAUGCCUUCCGUAAGAAGGACCCGCUUCCCAAGGACAUUCUCGACGGUCUCAAGGCCGGUGAGGUGAUUGGACUUGCCUGA